UUAAAAUGAUUAGUUAAUCACGUAAUGGUUUCGCCACUGAUUGGAUCAAGUACUACUUUUAAAGUUAAUAUGUUAAUCAACUAGAAUUAAAUAAAAGCCAACUCACAACGUGUCAUGAUCUAGCUACAGUCAAAAGCACUAACUCGUGUUAGACAAAAUGUUUGGCGAAGAAUAUUUAAAAAAUAGUGCGAUAGAUGUAUCCCUGGAAAAAGCUACAAUUUCAAAAGAAAAAUCUACAUAUGCAUCAAUUUUCACUAUUGAGAGUAUUUUGGGACUCAAUUCGCAAAAACCAAAGAUAUCGUUGGAUAGUACAAUUCAAACAACAUUUAACAGUCACCAAGGACAGAUUACGGUAUCGGACAGCUUAAAGAAUAGUCCAAAGAACUAUUUUCACUAUUCUGGAAACCAUUCUAUCCGUCCUUUAAACUGUUCGGAAAUAACAAUUUUGCCAACAAAUCUGUUAGGAAUUACAUAUCCGCCGUCAUACCAUGGAUAUAUGCAAGAUGAUGUAUUUCCUAAGCAACUGCAUUCGUCGGUUGGACUAGUAUCCUGCGAUGGGGCGUUUCGGCCACGAUAUCCAUUUCUCAAUGCAGAUGCUCAUAUUAAAAGAAAACGUAGACAUCGUACUAUUUUCACCGAAGAUCAAUUAGAACAACUUGAGACAACAUUCGACAAAACACAUUAUCCAGAUGUGCUCUUGCGGGAGAAGUUGGCGAUGAAAGUUGAUUUAAAAGAAGAACGGGUGGAGAUACAGUCGAUGCUGUCCUAUGUGUCCUCCUGUAGGAGUUUUAUGGUGUGGUUCAAAAAUAGACGAGCUAAGUGGCGGAAACAGAGGCGUGAAGAACAAGAACAAUUUGCAAACUUUGAAAAUAGCAAUAAAAUUCGCAAGUUUACCAAAGUUCCUACAAGCAUACUUGAGAAAUAUAGUCCAUACAAAUCGGAAAUGCAACGGAAGGAUAUAUUGGAAAAUCAAACCUACGACGUUAGCUACAGUGACGAUAUCUCUGACGUCGAGGUUGUGUGAUACGCAGCGCAGGGGUUGUUUGUGUCAAAAUUGGAAAUACCACUGAUAACAGAUGUUUGGGCUAGGACAAAAUUUCUUCUUGUUUUCUAUACGUGUUUGACAGCUGCACUCUAACUGCAUUGUAUCGAUCACUGCGCCAUCUACAAACGUUUGCCAAACGAGGUUCAGACGUCUGAUUUAUUCGGAAUCUCAGUAGCAGGUAUUAACACACGAUUCAAAUCGAGCCUAAACAUCUGUUAUCUGUGGAAAUACUAACUUUUUCUAAUGAAUUUUUAAAACAAUUUUCAAAUAUUCACGCAAUUUCAUA